AUGCAAUAUGGCACGCUUAGCGCCGAGGCGUAUGUUGCCGCGGGCGGCGCAGCAGCCAUUCUGGGCUUCACCAUUGCGGCCGCAAUCGCGACUGUCAUUCUUGCUAUUAUCGUCUUUUUCAAAACUCAUCAGCGAGGAGAUGACGCUCGCAUUGGCAUUCCCUGGCUUAAGGCCGCUGGCGGUCUUGGCUCAUUGUGGCUGAUUCUUGCUAUUGUGAGCCCGGUGGCUGAAUAUCUGAUCAGGCGGGCGCGUCCAACACAAGGCGAUACAUUGGCCUACGACCUCGGUAUCCAGCAGUUCUCAAUCCUCACCAAUCUCCUCAUGUACGGUGCCUACGCCACUCUUCUUCUUGCCCAGCUCGAGUUCUCUAUAGGGCUACGUCGCGUCUGUAUUUUAUUGCGCGAACAAAAGGUCAGCGGGUUUUUCGAGGAAGCUUCACGUGCACCGCACAUUGCUGGCGUCGCCGCAUUUCUCGUCGCCCUGAUUAUGAACGCGAGCGACGUGGUUUGCACAGAGCUAUAUUACUCUGGCAUUGAGGCUGCAUUCCUGCCUAUGCAAAUUACCGCACUGUCCCUUCAUGCUACUCUUUGCAUUUUCUCUAUCGGGACCCUCAUCUACACGGCAUCCCAGUCUAGAGAGGUGCCCCAUACACGCAUUUGGGCUCUUCUGAUAGCUUUAAACUCGAUCGCGGCUGUCCGACACGGCGGCCUCACGAUUCUCAGAACCUUUUAUAGCAUCACCGCCACUCAGGGUGACUUGGCUUUCUUGCCUGCCCUUCUAAGCUUCGUUCAACUAAUAUUUGGUUCUUGGACAUUUGUGAUUUGCCUUGGAAUUGCAUAUGGCGGCAUUGGCUUGACGCAUACUAAAGGUGGAUUGUGGACAAGAGACCCUUUAUUACAUCAGACGCAAAAGGCAAAGUUAGCCAAACUCCAGCAACUAGACUAG